AUGAUUCAGAUCUGUUGGACCCCAAACUUCACUUCCCCAUUAACACAGCCGUCCAGCACCACCGCCGGUGACCCUGGUAAGGAGACUAGAUGGGUAGGAGAUAAGGCACGGGAUGUGGACGGGUUCAAACUAUGGUAUUUUGGGAGGGUGGGGGGCAGGAACGAGGUAGGUAUCUUGGUUGAUAAGGACCUCCGUGAACUAAUGGUGGAGGUUAGGAGGGUGAAUGAUAGGCUAAUGACUAUUAAGUUAGUUGUUGGAGGUUUUACUUUGAACAUAAUCAGUGUGUACGCAACCAAAGCAGGCUUGGAUGAGGAAGUCAAGAGGUAUUUCCGGGAGGAUUUGGAUGAGAUGGUGCAUGGUAUUUCACAUACCGAGAAGCUUUUCAUAGGAGGAGAUUUCAACAGCCACAUUGGAGCGACGUCUAGGGGAUAUGAUGAUGUGCAUGGUGGCUUUGGUUUUGGAGAUAGAAACAGAUGA